GCGGGCGUUGUCGCUCCAGAUAUGGCCGGACUUCCUGGCGGCAAGAAGAGGAAUCCCUGAGUAACAUUAAGCCGGUUGAUACCCCGAGGUUGUUAAAGAUGGGCAAACUAUCCAGAAAGCCGGAAUACCCUGGCGAAACGCCUGUGAGAAGAGGCUACGUAAAGAAGGAGUAUCUGGAUUGGAAUAAGAUCUGGAUCCACUAUGAACCACUCCACUACACAGACGUCAGAGCAGCACCAGAACGAAAAGUGGGGGAGAUAAAGUGGCACAGAAACGUGGCGGGGGAUGAGAGAAGGAGUUAUGAGGGACGUUACGAGAUCAGGAACCAGCUGCCUCUCAUUCCUUGCGGACGAACUGGUCUAAAUGGUAGAGGUUUACUGGACAAGUACGGGCCCAACCACGCUGCUUUGCCCAUCAUAACACGCAUAGCUAAGGAUGAGAACGGAGCGGAUGUGAUCGCUGCUGGAAAACCCGUCUUUGAGGUCCUGUUGGAGUUAAGAGGAGAGAUUACAUCUCUUCCUGAGAUAAAGGGAAUAUACGAUGAUCCUCUCCCAGCUGAGGUUCGACAACUUCUGACCUCCGAAGAGCACCUCGCACCAUCAGAUGAACUUAGCCGCGAUAAACUCGUCAAACGAAUCGAGAAAAUAUUCAAAGCAGGAAUUCUUAUUUACAGAGGGUUCUUGGACAGCGAGUACAACACAGAUAGCAGUUGGUUUGAAGCUAUAAUCGUCAGCUAUCACGACACUAACAAUAACGCUUUCCAUAAUGUAAAGUUCGCCGAGGAUUCUAAGUACAGGUGGAGUAGGAUCACCAACUUGACGAGCAUUGCCAGCAUGUACCGGGACUGUCUCCAGAAGGCGUUCUACGCAAGGCACGGAUACGUUUAAAUCACCGCCCCUACCGGCUCCUCUGUAUACUACAUGUACGGCAUGUAUUUCCAUAGUUAUUUCUCCGGUGUUCUUAUCGGAAUCGUGAUUAUGUAUCACCAAACAGGGGUAGCUGAUCACAAAAUGAAGACACGGCAAUCUUAUUUAAUUGGAGCACGUUUCUCGAUAGAAGUCCUAUAUCGGAACCGCGACCGUCUUGAGAAACUCUACUUUCUAAUAUUCGACGGACUUGAAAAGAGUGUUUUAUCAUAAAUUUAUAUUUUGACUAAGUAAUACUAAUUUAAUUUUAGAUACAAGAAGGCCUUGAAGUUUUUAAAUUGAUAAUUCCGGCAGUUUUAUAAGAUUAUUGUAAGAAAAUGAGAUGAGUAACUGAGAGUAAAGUUUAUAUUUAUUGCUUAGAACGUUUAUACAAUUGUAUUCGAUGUUUCAUUUUAAUAUCCUGUUCUUUUUAGCUUGAAGUUUAAUAUGUCGGGGAACUUGCCCAAUAUUGUAAAAUAAAAUUUUCAAAAUCUGGGUUGGAACCUCGUUUUUUAUACCUGCUACUAGUACUGAUUCCUGAUCAG